AUGUCUCUCGUGUCAAACGCAAAUACAAUGAACCAAUCAUCCACACCUACUCCCCUCUCACCCCCAUCGCACAGCAACUGUUGUUGCGGUCGAGACAAUUGCCAUACCCGUCAAAAGUGGCAAGAGGACAUGCAUGAAUUGAAGAAUGAUGCCCGUACAGUUGCUGACAUCGCCCAAGAACUUCUCAAAGAAAAUGAGCAACUUGAACAACAAUUAUCUGAAAGAACCAAACAAGUGCAACAGCUUGAAGCUCGUUUGGAACGUGUCAACGCCAUGUACAAGGAUGUCAAGCAUGAUUUGAAAGCCAAAUCAAACCAAGUCAGGGACAUGCAGCUCUUUGUGCAAGACACCGUGUGCGAAGCUCGUACUCGAGAGGUGAUCUUGCGCGGAAAGCUCAAAGCGGCUGAAGGCAAGACAAUCGUUGCUGAACACAAGUUGAAGGUUGCAGAGAAGAUCAUGGCUAAAGACAAGCCCACCAAUGAUAAUCAGGGUACACCACUCUUGCCGCCUCAACCAUCCCACACAAAGCCGCCACAACCAUCCCGCAAGAACCUUCCUCCAUCAACACAACCGCAACCUUCUUCUUCCAACGUAACCCGACCACCACCACCAUCACAACAACAACAACCAUCAUCAUCAUCUAAGCCCGCAUCCUUGAAACCUACACUUGCCGCCCGACCAUCUCCGUUCGUUUUCAAAAACGUCCAACCUGUCAAUGUAUGGACCACAAAAGUGACCACUACAUUACAGAGAUUGAAGGCGACGGAUCUCCAUUCCAUGAAGCAACGAGCGGGCCGUCCCUAUGACAAGGCGGACACAAGUGCAAUAAGCAAUUCGUUGAUCCAAAGCAUACUGUUUGAUAUUGAGCGGCUCCACACAACUGAACACGCCCCAAUAUUGGAUAUAUGCAAAGCACUACUUUACGAAAUCGGCGAGUUGCGUACAAGGUUGAACGAUAGUUUGUAG